AGCAAAGGCAUAAUGUGACCUUCCUAAGAAGAGAAACGACACGUGGAACACCCCUGUAUUUUGUCCAUGUUCCCCGCAAAAGGCUGCCUCUAGAUUCUAGAACACUUGCCUGCGGGAAACGGAAUGACACAGAACCAAAGUCAAGCCUGUCUUUUUGACGGCCACCUGCCUGGGCCUCACAGAACCUUCGGAGGACAGUGCCUGUCGGUAAUUUGGGAAGAAAGCUGUUGCUAGGAAACCGAGAGCCGACUCCUGGGCGUGACGUCAUCACAGGGCGCCGGGGUCAAGGAAGGGGAUUUAGGGAGGAGAUUCUCCCCCGCCUAUAAGGUGUUUUCCCAUGAUUCAUCCUUUCUCUUCGCCAUCUUUCCUCCGGCCGGCCGGCAGCUCUCACCAUGAAGGUCGAGCUGUGCAGUUUCAGCGGCUACAAGAUCUACCCCGGACACGGGCGGCGCUACGCCAGGACCGACGGGAAGGUUUUCCAGUUUCUUAAUGCAAAAUGCGAGUCCGCAUUCCUUUCCAAAAGGAAUCCUCGGCAGAUAAACUGGACUGUCCUCUACAGAAGAAAACACAAGAAGGGACAGUCGGAAGAAAUUCAAAAGAAAAGAACCCGCCGUGCAGUCAAAUUCCAGCGGGCUAUCACUGGUGCGUCUCUUGCUGAUAUAAUGGCCAAGAGGAAUCAGAAACCAGAAGUUAGGAAAGCUCAGCGAGAACAGGCUAUCAGGGCUGCCAAGGAAGCAAAAAAGGCUAAGCAGGCGUCCAAGAAGACAGCAAUGGCUGCUGCCAAGGCCCCUACCAAAGCAGCACCUAAACAAAAGAUUGUGAAGCCUGUGAAGGUCUCUGCUCCCCGAGUUGGUGGGAAACGCUAACUUGGUAGAUCAGAGUUUUGAAUAAAGAUCAAUCUCUAACUCUA